AUGGAAUUCAAUUCACAGUAUAUCCAGCGCCCCGCUGAAAAUCACCCCUUUCAGCAUGCAGAACAGUCUGGAUACAAAAACCAGCGACCAACAGCUGUAUCCCGCGCCCAAAAGAGGGAAGGGGGUGUGCCAAGACAAAGCUUGAUCCGUCUUGGCGCGGUCAGACACAAGCAUCGGAUCAGGUGA